AUGACAGACAAAAGGUGUACAAAGAAGGACAAACAGGUAAUGACAGACAAGAAGGUGUACAAAGAGGGACAAACAGGUAAUGACAGACAAAAGGAGUACAAAGUGGGACAAACAGGUAAUGACAGACAAAAGGUGUACAAAGAGGGACAAAAAGUACACAUCAGAGGUGCAGUGAUAUCGUCAGUGACCAAGCCUCUUGAUUCCAACCUUGAUAUUAUUAUAAAGGACCCAAAGGGAAACAAGCUGGCUCACUACAAAGGUGUUACUCCAAAUCUUGGUGUGGUCUCUACGGAUUUCAAGCUAGUAAAUGACCCAGCCUACGGGGAAUGGACGAUCUUCAUCAUGGCUACAAACACUCCGGAAAUUACAGCCACAGAGACAUUCAAGGUGGAAAAGUAUGUUCUCCCCAAGUUCUCCGUCGAUGUCACUGUUCCAAGUUUUAUUAAACUGUAUCCCGGACAAAAUGCUGGUAUACUGACGGUGGACAUUUUAGCCAAGUACACCUACGGGAAGUCUGUUAACGGAAAGGCAAUUGUCCAGGUAACCAGUAACAGCCAGCACGAACUAUUGGAAAAAACACUUGUAAAUGGACAGAGUUCCUUCAGUUUCACUGUAACGCGAGAACACGUCAGUAGAUGGCUUAAUUAUCAGGCGUCUGUUCUGGUCAGGGUUGUUGAAGAUGUGACAGCAAAAGUGGAGUCAGCUGAGAAAAGCGUGCCAAUGUUCAUGAUGCCAUACAAAAUUACCUUCAUCAACGAUGAUGGGUCGUUUAUAUACGGAAUGCCACGUAAUAUAUUCGUGAAGGUGACGGAUGCUGCUGGAGGAUCAAUUCCAUCAGCUGAACGAUCGGCUCUGGGUGUAUCAGUGACAUUUGCUCUGUCUAAAAAUUGGGUACCCAAUGCAGAUCUCCUGCCUCCGCUCACCUUGACCAUGCCGGACACUGGUGAUGUGAUAUCAGCACACGUAGACAUCCCUACUCGCCUUGAAAUGGAUAAUCAAACUUUUUCAAUGAUGGCGGAGUUGUCCUAUCCCUCAACAACUAGUCAGAAAAACGAGAAAGUUACUACAGAAACUGAAUAUAAAUAUCCAAUUGGUACCAAGACAAAUCAUGGCAUCAGUGUGGGAGUGGUGGGAGUCACCAAUCAGAAAUCGAGCCCCACACAUCUAGGUGAAAGGCUAAGUGAGCAGCUUUAUUUUCCUCAAGCAGUUCUAUCCAGACAGGAAAUAAAUGAUAACUGA